AUGGAAGAUAAAAUUCGAGUAAGUCUGUUGGUUCUCCCUUCUGAGAUUAUAUACAACAUUGUUAGCUACCUACCAACUCUCGCUUCCAUCACGCAUCUCUCUCGGACAUGUCGCCGGCUGUACGAAGUUAUCUCUGCAGACCACUAUCGGAUACUACAAGCCUUUGUCAAAAGCCAAUUUCCUUCAAUCGAGACUCCUCCAUUCUGGGCUGAUGCAGCGCGGGCGCUGACUUCUCGAUCUCGGGCAUUUGAUCGUAGAGCUGUAAUCGCGCGUUUCAUACUACCCCCAGAUAAUGCCACGCGAAUCGGUAAUCCACGGACCAUUCGAACAGACCAUCCUACCCUUGGAUAUCGUCCCGUGAUUGAUAGUUAUGAAGUGUGGUAUGGAAAUGCUUGGUCUGCGAGGAAGGAGGUUCUUGUCUGGGGCGCUGGCGCGGACCUGGUAAUCCGUAUCAAAGACUAUGGUCGAAAGUAUCUAAAAGUUACCAAUAAUGCUGGCUGCCCAUCCAAUGCAUCGAGGAGAAGAGCCAGCGGUACUCCUCAAGAUUACGUUUCCUGGGCUACAUUCAAUGAUUUGCAUGGUGUGAACAGCUGGGAUGAUAUCUCUGGCGUGCAUUUACUCGGAUCUUCUCACUCAAAAUGGACUGAGGAUGAGGAUAUCAUCUUUGGUCGGCGGAAUGGCAAGCUUGUUCGUACAUCUAUUUCAGCAGAAACAGGCUCUAGCAGGCUGGAAAAAUCGUAUCUUACACUAGGAGGAUACCUCGAAGGCACCGACAUAAGUUCCGGACCCUGCAGAAUGCUCGCGGCAUCCAUGAAUAGGAAAUCAAUUCUGUUUUUCCGAGUCGACGCCGAGGAAGACGAGGUUCAUCCUUUCGAAACACUCAAAAUUACCGCUCAUGGUCUUGGAAGAUACAGAUGCUCUCGGAUUUUGUGCGAUGAGAAGAUUGCAGUGGGUUCUGAUGGGGAGUCCGACAAAAUCUCGGUGUUUAGCUUUCGCCCAAACGGCACUGUUAAGCUUCGCGAUCUCAGGGUUGAUGAUGAUGAACCGAGGAGAGCUAAAGCAACGACUAUUGAACCCUUAACGUUAUCACGCGUAUCUGGCGGCAACCCUGGCGACCUUUUUUUGUCCGGCUGGGAAGAUAGUAAAACGAGGCAAGUUCCCCUCCGGAGUGGCUCGGUAAGAAGUCGACUUCUAACAGGUCUUCCAGGCUGCAUGACCUUCGCUCCCCAAGUUCGAUUGUAUACCGUCGAUGACAGUCCUAUCUACAGUCUCAAACCCAUCGGUCGCGAACGCUUCGUCGUGGGUAGCGGCAUCCAUGCUCUGGUAAAGAUCUUCGAUAUGCGCAUGGGACGAUACAGCUACUUGGAUGCUGCCCUCCCAGCAGCGAGGACUCACAUUGACUCAAUGAGCAAUCACAAUCGUCCGGAACGACCGGGAACAGUCCUAUUCCCAAGUAAAGACAUAUCUAUAUUCUUAUCGAACCGCAUUCAAAACCUCCCAGGCCGAAGAUUGAACCGUUUACGCGAACCCCACCGUUAUCGCGGACCAAUUUACACAAUCUCUCAGCCCUCUCCGUCCUCAUCAACAUUCUAUAUUGGCGUUGAAGACAGCGUGAUCCGCCUUGACAUGGUAUCGACAGAUGACCUAGCCGGCAAAAACAAGGAGUGGUACCAACGCAACCUAGACCUGGGAUUAGAUCAACAUGGUGGUGUCGAUUGCCAACCCUUGGACUUGUCCUGUUAUGAACGGCCGUUUCCUAGGGAUCAGGGUAGAGGAGUGAGACUCAUGAUGCAGGAUCCCCUCUGGAUGGCGAUGGACGAGGAAUCCCGUGGUGAAUUGAGUAAGAGCGAAGUGAGAAUCCCCGGCUGGGAUCGGAGAUGGUUCCAACCUUGGGUUGUAAGGAAUAAAGUGACGGGGGGAACAUGGCGAAGAGUGUCAUAG